AUGAAAACGGAAGAGCGUCACUUUGCGGAGGCUUGUGCAGAGCAGUUCCAGACUGUUGCUCGCAAUUGGAGCAUUGAGGAGAAGGUGACAACAGUAGGCACGGACAGUGCGCGCUAUAUGAUCGCCGCGGCUCGCAUCAUGCCAUUCAAUCACAUGCCGUGUACCGCGCACAUUCUACAGAGAUGCAUCACAGUGAGCCUCACAGACAGUGGCUUUGUCACUGCACUGGCCAAAUGCCGCAAAAUUGUUGGCCAUUUCAAGCACAGUCCAGCAAACACAGCAGAGCUGAACGCAGAGCAGGUGUCACUGGGGCGCAAGCAGGAGCCGCUGGCCCAGGACGUGCCUACGCGCUGGAACUCCACGCUGGAGAUGGCGAAGCGCUUGAUCCACAACCAAACUGCAGUAACCGCGACUCUGGAUAAACAGAAGCAUAAACUUGUCCUCCUGACGCCUCCAGAGUGGGACAAACUCCAGAGACUGGAGACACUUCUAGAGCCCUGCAGAUAUGUGACUGAACUGCUGGGAGGAGAGGCCUACGUCUCCUGCUCUGUAGUUCUACCUGCCUUCUGCCACCUGCGGCGUGUCAUGGAAGUAACUGAUGAGGACCCUGCAUAUGUGGUGAGGUUUAAAGAGAAGUUUAAGGAAGACCUCGCUUCCCGCCAGGCACAUACCAACUAUGCAUGGCUCCAGAUUGCAACUGCACUGGACCCACGUUUUAAAGACCUGCACAGUGUGCCCAAGACUGACAGAGAAGCAGUGUGGACCACACUGGCAGGCAUGCUACAUGAAGACUCUCCUAGAGGAUCACACACUGCAGAAGAAGGUCCAGCCAAGAAGAGGCUGAGCCUGCUGCAGAUGGACUCUGACUCUGAGUCAGAGGAGGAGGUACAGCAGGACAGAGCCAUACAGCCUUACAGAGCAGAGCCCUGCACUGCCUUAGAGGACUGUCCCUUACAGUGGUGGGCAGCUCAUGCAGGAGCCCACAGCCAGCUGGCCCGCCUUGCUCGCAGAUACCUGGCCACUCCUGCCUCCUCAGUGCCCUGUGAGAGGCUGUUCUCUGUAGCAGGGCACAUUGUGAACAAGAAGAGGUCUGCUCUGCACUCAGAGAACGUGGACAAGUUGGUUUGUCUCAGCAACUGGCUGAAGGAUGAGUAGACCAGAGGACCGUGUGUUUAGAGCUUGUUCUAUGGUUGAAUGUGAUUUAAACAAUAAAACACCGUUGUUCAUAUUUUUUUGCACUAAUCUACCUUACCCAAAAGGAUGAUUGGAGUUUUUUUCUGU